UAUUUUAAUAACUAUGGAUGAAGUAUUAUCACAGAUAUCAAAUUAAGUUUAUGAAUUUGACACUUUAGGCUUAGUCUAACAAUACAUAUUUGAAUUAUCAGAACAUUUCAAAGAAAAUCACAAUGCCUAUAUUGAUAUUCAACAAUUUGUUAUCUUUUUUAUCAAUUAAACAAAUGAACAAGGCAUUGAAGGAUUAAUACUUAUAUCUAAACUCAUUGAACUUUAUCAAGAGAUUUUAUCAUAACAAAAUGAAAAAAUACUCAAAUUAAAACAUAUAACUGAUUAUUUGAUUAGUAGUCAAGAAAUUUGCAGUGAAUAUUUUAAUGCUAAAUUCCUCCCCUCAUAAAAUAAUUAAAUUUAACUUACUCGUCGUGUUUUAACUGACAUUGAAAUUUAACCUCCUGAAAUCUUAGGCUUAAAUCCUAGUAUGUUGAGAAGAUUAGAAACUCAACUUAAAAUUGAAAAUAUUCAUAUCAAUAAUCAAGUAAUAUACGGAAUUAAAGGAGACAACGAUCUGUUUUUAAUUCUUUAAUUUUGUGAAAGUGUUUGCAUGUUACAUGAAUUUUCAUUUAAAAAAAUGCUAUAACCACGAAAUAUGAUUGAUGGUAAUUUUGUUGUCUAUGCCCAUUAUUCAACCAAACAACAAAGAUUAGGAGUAAUAUUACGUAAUAACACAUUAAUCUUUUGGGAUAAACGAGAUAAUUAUACAUAUGAUUAUCAAAUAGAAACCUAAUUAGAAUUGCAACAUAUUACAUUCAUUGAAAUGUAAGAUUUAUGGAUAACUUCAGCAAAUAAAAGUUUAUAAAUUUGGAAUCUGGAAUAAGGAAAAUAUUAAAAUUUAUAAAACUAAGUAUUUUCUGGAGGUAUAAUCCAAUUAUUAGAAGUAUUACAUUUGUAGAUGUUGCUAGUAGCAUCAAAUCCUAAUAUAAUAAGUUGUUGGGAUAUGUUUGAAUAAAAAUUCCUAUUUAAAUUUUAAGUAUAACAUCAAAUACUCUAUCAAGUUGUCUGUAGUAAGUAAUUUUAAUUAAUUUUUACUAUCGGAUUUAAUAAUUACAUAUCAUGUUAUGAGUUACAUGCUUAAUAUAAUGAUUAUAAUUUAAAGUGUUAAUUGGUAGGUCAUUGUUCAACUGUGUAAUGUAUUGAACAUAUAGAAAGAACAGCACUAUUAAUAUCAAUAGAUACCAAGAAUGUGAUUAUAUUGUGGGACAUUAGAUCAUAAUAAUAAACACAAACAAUAAAUUUAUAGACUAGAAUUUUAACUAAACAAUUAAUGUUUUAUUGUAAUAAGUUAUGUCUAGUGACAAAUAUGCUACAAACUUUGAAUUUUGAAAAAUAAUUGCAUCCAAAUAAAUAAAUUAAGUUAAUGUAAGUAAUUUAUGAUUAAUGGAAUAAAAGAAAUAUUAUUAUUACAAAAGCAGACAUUCGUAUUUAAGAUAUCAUAACUGGAAAAAUAUAAUACAUUUUGAGUGAUUUUUAAAAUGAGAUUUCAUCAUCAUGUUUAAUUGAACAUGGAUAUGCAAUUAUAAUUGGUACUACUGAAGGUGAUUUAUAUAAAAUAUCACUUAAACAUGGCCAAAUUUUAUAAUAAUGGGAAUCAUUUUAUUAAGAAGAAAUAAUAUCUAUUUAAUAUGAUGAAACUUAUAAGAUUUUACAUAUUGUUUCUAUUUAAGGUAUUUUAAAAUGUUUACCUUUAACAUAACUAAAUGUUUGUAAGGAUAAUAUUUACAAAGAUAAAUGGGCAAUUCGUCAACUUUCUGUAAAUGUUUGUAUUAAUAUUUGUCAACUGUCAAUUAUACAAGGUUUGUUAGCUAUAAGUUAUGAAGACUUCAUAUAAAUUUGGAAUUUAGAAUAUUAUUGUGUAUCAAUAUAAAUAUAAUUAGAAGAUAAUGCUAUUGCUACUUCAAUGAUAUUUUGUGAUUCUCUCCCUCUUUUAAUAAUAGGUACAAAUUAAGCAGAUAUUUUUAUAUUUUAAUUGGUUUAAAAGAAUGAUAAAUUAUAAUGUACUUUAGAAGGACAUCUAAAUAUUGUGAAAGCUGUUCUAAUUUAAAAAUUAAAAAGUGUAUAUCCAGAUCGUUUGAGCAUAAUGAAUAAUUUAUUUUCAAAAACAUCAUUAGAAUUAAUUGAACUAUAUGAUGAAGGAGAUGAAUAAAUAGAAGUUAAACGUCUUUUUAAUAAUAAAUAUAAAUUAAUGAGUCAUGGAUCCUUUGCAUCUCGCUUAUUAGUACAAUUUAAUAAAGAAGAACUUAAAUUAUAUAUUGCUACAAAUAGAGGAUCUGCAUUAGUAUUUAAUAUUACUUAAUUACUUGAAAAGAAAGUAAUCAUUCUUUUAAUAUUUUUAGAAUAUUAGUAAAAAACUAGAUCAAAUUAAUCAAAGACCAAAUUAUAAUCCUUAUAGAGUUGUGUAUAAUAGUUUACAAGGGAAUUUUAUUGAUAAUUAUCAAAUUGUAUAAAAUCGUUUGAUUAAAGAUCAAGUUAAAAAGAGAGAAUCUAAAUUUGAAUAGACUAGCAAAAUUAAAUAAAAAUUCAGAAAUUCUUUGAUUAGAUUCAGUAUUCUUAAAGGAUUAAAAGAUAAUCCAGAAUUAGAUAUCACUCAUACAUUAAAAGAUUCUAUUUUUUCAUUUGAUGAAUAACUUGAAACUGCUGAAUAAAUUCAUAAUGAUAUGGUGAUCUAAUUAAAUUUCUUGUUUAUUGAUCCAUAUGAAAUAUUGUUUCAAAAGAAAACCUAAUUCUUAAUUGCUGGAUGUUAAGAUGAUACUGUAAAAGUAUUUAAUGCUGAUUUCAAUUAAAUUUGUCAAUUUUCAAUUCAUAAUCCUAUUCCUUAUUAAUGGCAAUCUUUAUUGAAUGAGAAAAAUAAGGUAAAAGCAACAAUACUCUUUUCAUUAGAAUUACUUAAACAGAUUUUACCAUAAUUAAAUUCUGAAAAAAGGAAAGCUUAUGAUGUAGAAAGUAUGUUAAAAUAAAAUUCAAUAAAACAUAUAAAUAAAGCAUUUAAGUUAUCGAAUAUAUUAACAAAAAAGGAGCCAAUAAAUAAUUAAUAGAAAUUGAAAGAUUCUUUCUUAAAUAAACGAAAAAUUAGUUUAUGUAAUAAUGUUAAGAUGCCUUAAUUGUCUCCAAAAUUACCACCUUCUUUGCGUUAUUAUGAUGAAAAAAUCAAAUAAAGUAAAUAUCAAUCAGAAAUUCAUGAAUAAGAUUUAAUCAAUUAAAUUAACUAACAAAAAAGAUAGCAAGGAUUUUAAAUAGAAUAAUAAAGAUAAUAAAAAAAAGAGAUUUUAGAUUAUCUUACUCCUGAAGUUAAUACAAAUCCAAAAUUCUUUGAGGAUCUUUCUAUUCAAGCUUUAAGUGCUAGAUUAAAAACAGAAUCAAAAACUCAUUAGAGUAAAAUUACUAAGACAACAAAUGAUACAAAAAGGACUUUUACAAGAUAAAGCUUGGAUUUUUUUGAUUAUGCUGAAAAAAAAGAAAUGUUAGCAACCAGAAGUAAGAUAUCUUAGUCUCGAUUUUAAACAAGAAGAUAACAUCACGACUUUCACAAGAUCUUGAAUGAAUUACAUGGUAAAUUGAAAAUUUCAAAAAAAUAAUCAUGA